AUGGAAGCCGCAUCCCGCCUCGCCCUGUUGGCCGUCGUCGCACGCGCGGGCAGCCCGCUGCCGAAGGACGAGAAGGCGCCGUGGAGCCCGUCGUCGGCGGCGUACCUACCCCUGAUCACAGUCGAGGACUGCGAUGUCGAAGCCGGCGGUGGCGGCCACUGGGAAGGCAAGAGGUUGCUGUAUCAGAACAGCGCGAGGUCCUCCUCGAGGAGGGGAAGUGGUGGUCGUGGUCGAGACGACGUCGCGGCGGGGCAUUGCAGCGGGGUGGAGGAGGGCGGGCUGAGGACGGGCGGGCUGGAGAGCGUCGCGUGGUGGGUUCUGCUGUGCCUGGAGUGUUUUCUCAUCGGUGCUGUCGAGGGGUGGAUCAUCUACAUGGUGUACGACGGCGGUGACUACGUCGUCUGGAAUUGGCUCUGCGACUACGCGUCCCCGGCGCUCGUGAUCCUCUUCAGCGUCGCCCUCUCCGCCGCCCUGCUCCGCGGCGUCGGCUGUUCGGGGCGGUUGGGGGACCUGGCGUUCCAGGCCGCCGGCUUGGUGUUGGCGACCUUCUGCACCGUCGUCGUGUGUGUUGGCGUCGGCGAGGGCAGGAGGCGGAGGCGGAGGAGGGGGAAGCCAAACGGUGAGCGAGGUGAUGAGGAAAAGGGGUUGAGGGUCGUGGUGGGACUCGCAGUGAAGAUGUGGUUCCUGUUCUUCAUCGGCUUCUGGUGCGCCGUCUUUCAGUGGUACAGCGCAGACAAGCAAGAGAGGCGGCGGCGGACGGUGGUGGCGCGGAGGAAAGGGAAGCGUGUCGGGUACGGCACGACGUUGGGCGCGUUGGCGACGGUGGAUGAGGCCUGCGAGGGCGUUGUGGGUGAUCUCUGA